AGUCUAUCUGUGUCUAGGUCGACAACAUGUCCUAUUUUCUGCCCCACCUUCCUUCUGGCUGGCAUGUCGAUGAAGCUAUCAAAUCUGAGGAAGACCGCACUGUGGUGAUCCGCUUCGGACACGACUGGGACACGCAGUGCAUGACCAUGGACGAGACGUUGUACGGCGUUGCAGAGAAAGUGCAGAACUUUGCCGUCAUCUACCUGGUUGACAUCACCGAAGUCCCAGACUUCAAUAAGAUGUACGAGUUGUAUGACCCAUGCACGGUCAUGUUCUUCUAUCGGAACAAGCACAUCAUGAUCGAUUUGGGUACUGGUAACAAUAAUAAGAUUAAUUGGGCUAUGGACAACAAACAAGAGUUGAUUGAUAUCAUUGAGACAGUCUAUCGUGGCGCUUCGAAGGGACGUGGUCUCGUAGUUUCUCCCAAAGAUUACUCAACUCGCUACCGAUACUAA